GGUCAAAAAGUUAAUUGUCAUUUUGAACCAGGUUUUCUUGGACUAUCUAUAUGUACUGAUAAACUCCUCAAGAGAAUCGGUGAUAAAAUUAGCAAAAAGUUGACUCUCAAAGAAAAAGAUAGUAAAUUCGUUAGAGAAGAAACUACAGCCCCACUUGGGUUAGCCGUAAUCUCACUUACCUUCACCUCUAAUAUAAAAAAUAAUGCUCAACUUAAUAAUAAAAAAUUUAUUACCAUACCAACCGAAGUGCUAGUUGAAAAAUAUAACUCUAAAUUACCUAAUUAUAUAUUACUUGGUAAUAAUUGGUUUUAUGGUCACAAAUAUGAUGAUAAUGAGCUUCAAAUAUACAUACCUGAAAUUGUAACCAAUGUUUGGACAAGAACAACUCUCCGUAUUAAAAAUCUCGUCAAUAAGAAAAGGAGAAGGGUUAUAGUGUAUGUUACUAAAAAUAAUGUUGAUAAAUUCUACGAAUUCACUUCUUCUUACUCUAAUUCUGAUACUUCCGAUAUAAGUGGUUCUUCCACAUCUAGUUCAGAAUCGGAUGAUAAGCACGUGUGUAAGGCCGGUAUAUACCCGAAAUAG